GUCACUGUUGUUGGCACCCUGGUAGUUGAUGUAGACACUGUGUCUGUAGUUGGAGGUGUGGUAGUUGGCAAUGUAGAUUUGAAUGUUGUCGGUGCUACAGAAGAUGAUUUGAGUGUCGGUGCUACAGAAGAUGAUUUGAGUGUCGGUGCUACAGAAGAUGAUUUCAGUGUUGGUGCUACAGAAGAUGUUGAUGUAGACACUGUGUCGGUAGUUGGGGGUGUGGUAGUUGGCAGUGUAGAUUUGAGUGUUGUCGGUGCUACAGAAGAUGUUGAUGAAGACACUGUGUCGGUAGUUGGGGGUGUGGUAGUUGGCAGUGUAGAUUUGAGUGUUGUCGGUGCUACAGAAGAUGUUGAUGAAGACACUGUGUCGGUAGUUGGGGGUGUGGUAGUUGGCAGUGUAGAUUUGAGUGUUGUCGGUGCUACAGAAGAUGUUGAUGAAGACACUGUGUCGGUAGUUGGGGGUGUGGUAGUUGGCAGUGUAGAUUUGAGUGUUGUUGGUGCUACAGAAGAUGUUGAUGUAGACCCUGUGUCGGUAGUUGGGGGUGUGGUAGUUGGCAGUGUAGAUUUGAGUGUUAUCGGUGCUACAGAAGAUGUUGAUGUAGACCCUGUGUCGGUAGUUGGGGGUGUGGUAGUUGGCAAUGUAGAUUUGAGUGUUGGUGCUACAGAAGAUGUUGAUGAAGACGCUGUGUCGGUAGUUUGGGGUGUGGUAGUUGGCAAUGCAGAUAUGAGUACUGGUGCUACAGAAGAUGUUGAUGAAGACACUGUGUCGGUAGUUGGGGGUGUGGUAGUUGGCAAUGUAGAUUUGAGUGUUGGUGCUACAGAAGAUGUUGAUGAAGACCCUGUGUCGGUAGUUGGGGGUGUGGUAGUUGGCAAUGUAGAGAUGAGUAUUGGUGCUACAGAAGAUGUUGAUGAAGACGCUGUGUCGGUAGUUGGGAGUGUGGUAGUUGGCAGUGUAGAUUCGAGUGUUGGUGCUACAGAAGAUGUUGAUGAAGACACUGUGUCGGUAGUUGGGGGUGUGGUAGUUGGCAAUGUAGAUUUGAGUGUUGGUGCUAUAGAAGUUGUUGAUGAAGACCCUGUGUUGGUAGUUGGGGGUGUGGUAGUUGGCAGUGUAGAUUCGAGUGUUGGUGCUACAGAAGAUGUUGAUGAAGACCCUGUGUCGGUAGUUGGGGGUGUGGUAGUUGGCAAUGUAGAUUCGAGUGUUGGUGCUACAGAAGAUGUUGAUGAAGACGCUGUGUCGGUAGUUUGGGGUGUGGUAGUUGGCAAUGCAGAUAUGAGUACUGGUGCUACAGAAGAUGUUGAUGAAGACACUGUGUCGGUAGUUGGGGGUGUGGUAGUUGGCAGUGUAGAUUUGAGUGUUGUUGGUGCUACAGAAGAUGUUGAUGUAGACCCUGUGUCGGUAGUUGGGGGUGUGGUAGUUGGCAGUGUAGAUUUGAGUGUUAUCGGUGCUACAGAAGAUGUUGAUGUAGACCCUGUGUCGGUAGUUGGGGGUGUAGUAGUUGGCAAUGUAGAUUUGAGUGUUGGUGCUACAGAAAAUGUUGAUGAAGACGCUGUGUCGGUAGUUUGGGGUGUGGUAGUUGGCAAUGCAGAUAUGAGUACUGGUGCUACAGAAGAUGUUGAUGAAGACACUGUGUCGGUAGUUGGGGGUGUGGUAGUUGGCAAUGUAGAUUUGAGUGUUGGUGCUACAGAAGAUGUUGAUGAAGACCCUGUGUCGGUAGUUGGGGGUGUGGUAGUUGGCAAUGUAGAUAUGGGUAUUGGUGCUACAGAAGAUGUUGAUGAAGACCCUGUGUCGGUAGUUGGGGGUGUGGUAGUUGGCAAUGUAGAGAUGAGUAUUGGUGCUACAGAAGAUGUUGAUGAAGACCCUGUGUCGGUAGUUGGGAGUGUGGUAGUUGGCAAUGUAGAUUCGAGUGUUGGUGCUACAGAAGAUGUUGAUGAAGACGCUGUGUCGGUAGUUGGGAGUGUGGUAGUUGGCAGUGUAGAUUCGAGUGUUGGUGCUACAGAAGAUGUUGAUGAAGACACUGUGUCGGUAGUUGGGGGUGUGGUAGUUGGCAAUGUAGAUUUGAGUGUUGGUGCUAUAGAAGUUGUUGAUGAAGACCCUGUGUUGGUAGUUGGGGGUGUGGUAGUUGGCAGUGUAGAUUCGAGUGUUGGUGCUACAGAAGAUGUUGAUGAAGACCCUGUGUCGGUAGUUGGGGGUGUGGUAGUUGGCAAUGUAGAUUCGAGUGUUGGUGCUAUAGAAGUUGUUGAUGAAGACCCUGUGUUGGUAGUUGGGGGUGUGGUAGUUGGCAGUGUAGAUUCGAGUGUUGGUGCUACAGAAAAUGUUGAAGACACUGUGUCUGUAGUUGGUAGUGUGGUAGUUGGCAGUGUAGAUUCGAGUGUUGGUGCUACAGAUGUUGAUGAAGACCCUGUGUCGGCAGUUGGGGGUGUAGUAGUAAUUGGCAAUGUAGGUUUGAGUGUUGGUGCUACAGAAGAUGUUGAUGUAGACACUGUGUCGGUAGUUGGGGGUGUGGUAGUUGGCAAUGUAGAUUUGAGUGUUGGUGCUACAGAAGAUGUUGAUGUAGACACUGUGUCGGUAGUUGGGGGUGUGGUAGUUGGCAGUGUAGAUUUGAGUGUUGUCGGUGCUACAGAAGAUGUUGAUGUAGACCCUGUGUCGGUAGUUGGGGGUGUGGUAGUUGGCAAUGUAGAUUCGAGUGUUGGUGCUACAGAAGAUGUUGAUGUAGACACUGUGUCGGUAGUUGGGGGUGUGGUAGUUGGCAAUGUAGAUUUGAGUGUUGGUGCUACAGAAGAUGUUGAUGUAGACACUGUGUCGGUAGUUGGGGGUGUGGUAGUUGGCAGUGUAGAUUUGAGUGUUGUCGGUGCUACAGAAGAUGUUGAUGUAGACCCUGUGUCGGUAGUUGGGGGUGUGGUAGUUGGCAGUGUAGAUUUGAGUGUUGUCGGUGCUACAGAAGAUGUUGAUGUAGACCCUGUGUCGGUAGUUGGGGGUGUGGUAGUUGGCAAUGUAGAUUUGAGUGUUGGUGCUACAGAAGAUGUUGAUGUAGAUGCUGUGACGGUACCUGGGGGUGUGGUAGUUGGCAAUGAAGACUGAGCUGAUACUGAAGUUGUAACAGUUGAAGCUGACAGUGUUGAAACACCUGGAGUUGUGGUAGUUUCUGCUGCUGUUGUUGCUUCGCUGGAUUGUGUGGUUACCAUUGUAGAUGUUGAUAGUGUCCUUUCUGUUGUAGUUUCUACUGGAGUAGUCGUAAUAUCGCUUGUUGUUGCAACUGUUGUCAGG